CAAACCUCAGGCCGUCUGCCUUCGAUUCGCGAGCAUGGCAGCGAGCGUAUCACUGCCGAUGCGUGAGCCGUGCUACGUCGCGGUCGGCGUCAUGACCGUGCCUCACUACCGGAAUCGGCGCGACGCCGCGAGGCAGACGUGGAUGACGGGCAGCAACGUCGGCUCGACGGUGGUCGUCCGGUUCCUCAUCCGCGCUGGCGGCUUGCAUCCGGACGUGCUUGCCGAAGCGAAGCGGGAGCAGGACGAGCACGGUGACAUGACGUUCCUCCCAGUGGCAUCGGAGCACGGCAGCCCGCCGCAGCGUGGGCGCGUGCUCACGCUGCACGCCUGGACGAGGCGUGCGACCGCGGUCUGCCCGACGGCGCGGUGGGUGAGCAAGGCGGACGACGACGUGUACAUCGUCACCGUGGACUGGGAGGCGCAGCUGCGGAUGAUCGCCGCGGGACGCGAGGGACGCGCCAUGCUGCACGGCAAGGUUGUGUGGCACAACUGGAACGUUAAACACUUUGUGCCGCACUCGUUUGACUACAGCUACAACCCGGACAACUGGAGGCGCGUCAUCGACUACCUCGGCGGCGACGAGAGCAGGGCGCGCUUCCCGGACGAGCGCCGCCGCUUUGAGCUCUGCAGGACGCACGGGGCCCGCCAGUGCGAGUGGUGCCCUGCCGAGGCAGAGUGCACCGGCCCGUUCUAAUCAGUUAAUUACUGAAUGAAUCAAUGAACUCAUUAGGUGCCCUGCCGAGGCAGAGUGCACCGGCCCGUUCCCCUUCCCCACGGGCUGGCUGAUCACCAUGUCGGCGCCGCUCGCGCGCGCCCUCGCCGGCUCGCCGGCGGUGGCCGCGGAGGUGGCCCGCGCGGAGCGGCUGACCCGCUCGUGGGGAGGGCCUCUCGUAGAGGACGUGUGGCUGGGCUCGGUGGUGCACCGGGCGCUGGCAGACUGGCCGGUGCUGUGGGUGCAGAUGGACUUUGCCCACCAGUUCAACGGCGACUGGCCGGCCGUGUGCCGCGCCGAG